CUCCAGUGAACAUAUUUUGUAUGUGUUUUUCUUUUGGGGAUCCGAUACAAACAGUAGACCUCCCCGACAUUUGCCGAUAAUUAUAUGGCAAAGGUUUUUGUCAGAGAUUAGUUGUCGUUUGCUGGCGGAACGAUUUGGUUGGACAUGAGAACUCCCUGCUGUUUGCUGGCCCUGGGCCUGGGGCUGUUUCUGCUGCUCAGUGUGGGGGCGGCUGAUGAGAGGGUCCAAAGCUCAAAGAUUUUGGCCGUAUUUCCAUUUACUGGCCGAUCGCAGUAUAUAUUCGCCGAGCAGUAUCUCAAGGAGCUGGCGCGACGAGGUCAUAAUGUGACGGUAAUCAACACUUUUGGCAGCGAUAAAAACGAGCCCAACUUUCGUGUGAUUGGUGCCACAAAGAUACACGAAUUGAUGGCAGCCUUUGCUGCUGCUGGUUUCAGCCAACCGGCUGGACAGUGGAAAAUGCUGUCCAUGACCACGGAAUUCCUCAAUAUGCUCACCGCCAAUGUCCUGGAGGAUGCGGCUGUCAAGGCCCUUCUGGAGAGCCGUGAGACCUUUGAUCUGCUGAUCAUGGAGACGGUGCAGAACGAGGCCCUGUUUGGUUUGGGCCAGCACUUCGGUGCCCUCACCAUUGGCAUCUCAUCGUACGGCACCGAUCGACAUAUCGACGAGCUGAUGGGCAAUAUAUCCCCUCUGUCCUACAAUCCCAUGCUGCUGUCAUCGCGCACCGAGCAGAUGAGCUACGAGGAGCGGCUGUGGAAUGUGUGGGAGGCUGCUGUCGUGUGGCUGCACAAGCGAUUGGUUCAUCUGCCCACCCAGAGGCAGCUCUACGGGAAGUACUUCCCCCAGGCCCAGCAGUCGUUGGAGCAGGUCAUGGACAGCUUCUCGCUGAUGCUGCUGGGCCAACACUUCAGCUUGAGCUAUCCCCGACCCUAUCUGCCCAACAUGAUCGAGGUGGGAGGUCUCCACCUCGAACAACAGCGAACGGUGCAGCCCCUGCCCGCUGACAUUGCCGAAUUUGUGGAGCAGUCCCCCCACGGCGUCAUCUACUUCUCCAUGGGAUCGAACAUCAAGAGUGCCGACCUGCCGCCCUCUACACGCAAGGUCCUGAUGGAGACCCUGGGCGCCCUGCCGCAGCGAGUGCUGUGGAAAUUCGAGGCGGAUCAACUGGAGGACAAGCCGGAGAAUGUGUUCAUCAGCAAGUGGUUCCCCCAGCCGGAUAUUCUGGCCCAUCCCAAUGUGAAGCUGUUCAUCACCCACGGGGGCCUGCUCAGCACCAUCGAGAGCAUCUUCUUCGGCAAGCCCGUACUGGGUCUACCCGUGUUCUACGACCAGCAUCUGAAUGUGCAGCGGGCCAAGCAGGCGGGCUACGGCCUGGCUGCCAAUCUCUGGGGCAGCAACAGCACGGAGCUGCAGUCUCUGAUCCACGAGCUGCUCGACAAUCCCUCGUACGCGGAGGCGGCGCAGAUCAAGUCCAAGCUGUACCGCGAUCAGAAGGAGACUGCCUUGGAGCGUGCCGUCUGGUGGACAGAGUACGUGCUGCGUCACGAGGGCGCCGCACACUUGAGAUGCGCCUCACGACAGUUGAACUUUGUCCAGCUCCACGGCUUGGAUACAUGGGGUGUGCUUGGGGCUGUCGCUGUUCUAUCACUGCUCGUCAUUUUGUUUGUGCUUAAGCUUUUAAUAGAAGCUUUGUGUUAUGUCAUCUCCAAACGUCGUCGUGGGACAGAGAACAAAUUAAAGGAACAGUAGGAAUUGUGGGUAGCGUCGAGGUCAGCCAGUCAAUUACUAUCUGUAAUAAUAGUUAUUAUUAGUUAUGUUAUUUGUUUCAUAUCAAAGAGAUUAACUAAAUUCUGUUAAGCCAUUAAAAACCACCGAAUUAAACAAAAAAGUCACAUAUUUUAAUCAAUGGAAAACAGUGCUACUAUAGAGA